AUGGGGAAUCUCGCUGAAGCUGCUGGAAGACUCCGCAACAACCCAGAGCCUCAAAGGAUUGUGAUGCUUGGUCUUGAUGCUGCAGGUAAAUCGACCAUUCUGUGCAGCAUGAACUUGGGUGACAAUGCCACAGUGAAACCUACAAUUGGGUUCAAUGUUGAAGUGGUCCAUAUACCCGGAACAAAGGUGUCUUUUGUCGUAUGGGACCUUGGAGGGCAGGAAUCUCUUCGCCUAAUUUGGCGUCAAUACCUUCAGGGUAUCGCUGGACUCGUUUUUGUUGUUGACUCGGCUGACUUGAAGAGAAUGCAGGAAGCUCGUACUUGCCUACAGGCCCUUAUUCGAGACCCGAAUCUGGCAGGUGUACCAAUUGCUUUGGCAGCAAAUAAACAGGACCUUUCGGAGGCUCUGCCUGUUAAGGAUAUUGAGGAGCUUCUCGGUUUACGAAGCCUCUCCACCAUUCGUAAUCCCUACAUUAUAAGACCAACAAUUGCAUUGAGUGGAGAAGGCGUCAGUGAGCUGUUUGUCGACUUUGAAAAGUUUGUCAGGGUACAGAAUAAGCGCUGGGCAGCAUAUAACAGACGGAAUUCCAUCGGAAGUUCUGCUUCCGAUGAAUCAGGUCUUCGGGGAAGUUGGAAAGCCCGAUUGCACUCACAUGUUCCGCACAUAUUUCGACGUAGUGGUGAGACGUCCGUUUGA